CUGUCAGCCAACGUUCAGUGUCAGAAGUCACUUCUUCAACUUUGGGUCAAGGUUUCCUUUUUCCAACCCUGUGUGUCUUUCUUCUUCUUUCACCUGAUUGAGACAGUUUUGUUCUUUCCACUUGAGAGCUAACUGUUCAACUGGUAUACAGUAGACCAGACAACCCUAGUACAUAAAAUAAUAAUAUCAAACGAGUUCACCAUGGAGGGUCGGCUGUAAGCUAUGGCUGACAGUGUGCGAAGAACCGUCUACCCUCUCUUUUCGGCGUUCGUGUUGGGCGAGAGAAGCUGCAGCAUUGGAGAUGAAGCUGCGGCAACUACUAGAUUCCGCUCGCCUGGAACGCUCGCUGAAAAGAGCAGUGGAGAGGGAGGAGAGAUUUAUACCUGGAACAUUGGAACAGAAUACGAGUAGCUCACCAAAACAGGGGUUCCCGUCUUUCUACCCAGUGGAAUCUCGCGCAGAGACUCUACAAUGGCUCCGCCGUCUGACCUACGCAGGCUUUGGGUUUAGCCCAGACACAUUCUCGCUGGCAGUGAAUGUAUUCGACCGAUUUCUAUCCAUCGUGAAGGUGCAAAGCAAGCAUUUACGAUGUAUUGCCGCAGCAUCCCUGCUCAUCGCAGCCAAGAUCUGCCAAGAGCCUGAGAACGAGCCGUCAGCAAAGGAAAUAGUAAGCUUGGGCCAGUGCGGCUUCAAGGAGGGCGAUAUCACCCGCAUGGAGCGCAUCAUCUUGGACAAACUGCACUGGGAUGUGGACGCGUCAACUCCUCUCACCAUCCUCAACAUACUUCAUGCCUUAGCCAGCUCCUGGGGAUACUUGUCCUCUUGUGGGUUACCACCUUUGGUUCAUCUCGGCAAGGUGACCAACUCCCUGGAGACUUGCAUGCUGGAUUCGAAGUUUGCCUGCUUCAAGCCGUCUGCUCUUGCCCUGGCCGUUCUAAGUAAUGAGCUGCGCCAGCUGUCAGAUUGUGAUUGGCUAGAUGCAACCAUGGAACUUCAAUCCUCAGCUUCGGUUAGUGGGCGCACAUUGGGCGUCUACUACGAGGCUGUUCAGGCCAGUCAGUUCAAGCUCCCUCGCAAGGCUGCUCCGAAACCGGCAUUUAGCCGUCCUGCCUUCGUCCCCCGAGCUUUGUUUUCAUCUUCACCGUCUGUGAGUAAGUCAGUUCACCCGUUAUCUGGUGGUUCUGCAGCUAUGACUGUUCCAGCGGCAACACCUGUCAAUUCACUACCCUCUAGUCGCGCCAUCAGCAGUGACGACGAAAUCUCUGAUGCGGACUCAUCAAGCUCAGAUGAAGAUGUAUCUCGUGUAGCACCUCCAAAGCAGCAGCCGCUUGCUGCAUCCAUCCCAUCUGACCUGUCUCUAUCUGCAGCUGCUUGUGUCCUGUUGUCUUCAUGCGCCAGUGCCGCUAGCCCAUGCGCUCUCAGUACUGGCUGUGCGCCUCUAGAACGGCCACACGUGUUGUCCUCACCAGUCAAAGUAGCCUAAAUAUGACUUUUUUUCUCUCUGUGAUCACCCUCCAGUGUAGUCUCUUGCAUCCUUUUAUCUGUCUGUGAAUUACAAUAUUGUAUAGUGCACCUAAACACCCUCUCAUCUUCACAUUAUCACUUUUUAUUCUCAUCGUAUCGUACCAGAGCACCGUCCCCAACUAUUCCUUCCACUCAUCGGAUUUUCCCCUCCCAUAUUUGUCUUACCGAUCGUUCUAAACCCAGCCCGUUGAUUUUUAAUCUACUGUAUGUGUAUUUUGUGUAGCAUAGAGACCUGUGCUUUCAUUGUCAAAAAACCCUCCAAAAACAAUAUAUGCAGAUCUAUAAAAUAUUUUGAUCAGUUGAAUACCAAAAAAACAUUUGGCCACUCCUAGUACCCACUCGAUCCCCAUAGGAUCGCACACUACGUGUGGAGAUUUGUUUUCUCCGCGAGACUUUUUUUAAGAUUACAAAAACAGCAUCUUGCAUUUUAUAUCCGCUUUUUAUUCUAAUAUUGCUAUGUCACUGCACAUUAGCUAUAUAUCCACUCUCCACUUGAACACACAGCUGUUGCCAACAAACAAUUUUCUAUGCCAGACUCGGAAGAGAUUCUUGGUGAUGAUGA